GUUCUUCACAUCACGUUGGCAGCAGUGCCGUAGUUUCACGAGUCCGAUAGUGCCAGUGCUUUCCUCUGCCACCUGUACCUUCAAGAAUGGGCCUAGUAUCUUCCAUCAAGAGUUCUGGCCUGGUCCACAUCUGGUUCUUCUGCCUCUUUGUGAUAAGUGCCCUCAUUGUCACGACGUGCCAAUGCUUCACCCUGGUUUUAUGGCCGAUCAGCAAGAGGUUAUACAGGGAAGCCAAUGGCCUCAUUAUCGCUUUGAUGUGGCAUGAGCCGUUGUGGCUGAUUGACUACUGGUCUGGAUCAGAGGUCCAUCUCUACAUCAAAGAUGAGGAACUGGACCUGAUAGGAAAGGAGCACGUAGUCCUGAUCUUGAAUCACAGACAAGACGUGGACUGGCUCGUCACCUGGCAAAUAGCAGAAAGGUGUAAUGUACUUAGGGGGGCAAAGAGUCUGAUGAAGAAUGAGCUGAAGUAUGUGCCUUUCUUUGGUUGGUCUUUCUACCUCACUGAGCAGCUGUUCGUCAACAGAGAUUACGCUAAAGAUAAAACAUCCCUGGUGAACCAUUUUAAGAACAUCACAACAUUCCACUAUCCAUGUGUUACAUUGAUCUUCUGUGAGGGAACCCGUUUCACAGAGGAGAAGUACAAGAAAAGCCAGGCGUUUGCCAAAGAAAAGGGACUCCCAGGCCUUAAACACCAUCUCAUGCCAAGAACAAAGGGCUUCAAUCUAUGCAUGCAGACUUAUAAAGGAAAAGUUUCACAUAUUGUUGACGCAACGAUAGCUUAUAAAGAUGGUGCUAAAUCCUCGCUGUAUGAUCUUCUUUGUGGAAAGAAAUUUGAAUACCAUGUAUACGGCAGGGUUUUACCUCUUGACGAGGUACCUACCGAUUCAGAAGAAGCAACUGCUGAAUAUUGCCAUGAAUUAUAUAGGAAAAAGGACGAGACAUUCCAGUACUUCUUGGACCACAACACGUUUGAAGGGUACGAUCCCGAGAGGGGGCACAAGUUUUUACCCCCUUCCCCCACUCCUAAGUACGUGAUGAUAUUUUGGUUCACGGUGUUAGGAAUUCCUCUUAUUUACUACGCCUUUGUCACGCUUCUCUCCGGCUCAACUCUCCUAAUCCUUCUUGUGGCUGGUGCCGUCUAUGGAGUGUUUACCUACACCAAGUCUAUCAUCAACGUCACGGUAGCAUCCAAAGGCUCUGCUUACGGUAGCACCAAGGCCAGCGGGAGUCAAGGGGUUAAGAACGGCUCGGUGGACACCAGCAGUAAAGUGGAGAAGAAGGAGAAUUAAUGCUUCAACUCUCACAAGAACAACGCCCACAA